CGCCGGAAACGGAAGACGGCAGUAAAAUCGCUCUCCGUCUGGUUGAGGAAGCAGUCGGACUAUUGUUUAUGUUUUUAUCCGAAAAUAAUCUAUAAAGCACAGAGAAAUGACUUUAAUAUAACGGCUAUCGGCGGAAUAAUUCGAGACGAUCCAAGCUGUGCGUUUGUUUUAGAGGAGCGUUUUAUAUUUUGUGCGAUUUUUAUAGGUUGUGUGUGUGUGUGUUGUUAAGAUUUAAGGCCAGUUCAAGCACAAAUGAUCAAUUGUGAUUAAAAUUACAGUCAGAGGAGCUUCAGACACAGCGAACAGAUCAUCAAAAAUAUAUUUGUUCAGAUUUUUUAGUUAGUUUAUCAUGUACGCACCUCCGGGAACAGCUGUGCCAGGAAACCGAAGAAGGCGGGGGGGCACGGCUCUACCCAAACAGCCAGAGCGGAGCCUGGUGUCUGCGCUGCCCGGGGCUCUCUCCAUCACUGCACUGUGUACGGCUCUAGCAGAACCGGCCUGGCUCCGUGUUCACGGAGGAAGCUGCCCCAGACAAGAGCUCGGUAUCACUGACGUCUUGGGAUACAUCGAUGAGAAGCUCAUUGAGGAUUUCUGCAUCAACUCUCAGUCUGUUCUACUCUUGAGGGUCAUUGCUGCUUUCUGUUUCUUGGGUAUUCUGUGCAGCUUGACCGCAUUUCUGCUGGAUGUUUUUGGACCCAAACAUCCAGCUCUGAAGAUCACACGCAGAUACGCCUUCGCUCACAUUCUCACAGUUCUCCAGUGUGCAACUGUCAUCGGUUUCUGCUACUGGGCCUCUGAACUCAUCCUGUCCCUGCAACAGCAACACAAGAAGUAUCACGGUUCGCUCAUCUACGUCACAUUUGCCAUCAGCUUCUACCUGGUGGCCGGCGCUGGCGGAGCUUCAAUUUUAGCCACAGCGGCCAACCUGCUCCGUCAUUACCCCACCGAGGAGGAGGAGCAAGCACUGGAGCUCCUGUCAGAGAUGGAGGACAGCAAUGAAACAUACCCAGUUGACUACGACAUCGCCAACCAGUUUCAGCCUCCACCGGCUUACACGCCCUGAUCACCGCCCGCUGUUUCUUCUUUCACACGCGCUCACCGCUCGACGCCACUUCUGCCCUUACGUGCCACCAUUAACCUUGAAAAGACUGAGAGACGUACAGAUUUUAGGUUCCCAAUUAUAAAAGUAAUAUAUGUAUAUUCAGUAUUCCGGAUCGCCUUCAUCCACACACUAAAUUAAAGUUUUCCUUUCGUCCGGCAGAGCUUGUGCGCAUGGAAUAAAACAAAGAGAAUAAAUACGGCAGUGCUUAUAGAAUUUCUGAUGGUAGUUUGCAUGUAUCUGGCAGCGAGAAAUCCCACACAGAUCUAGAAAACAUAUUUUGGGCACGCUUUAUUACCUGAAGACUUGCGAAGCGUCGCUGUGCUUAUUGAAGAUGUGUUUACAGCCUCAUUGGUAAACUAAACUUGGGGAAUUAUGAAAGUCUCUAUGUUGUUUUAUGUUUCAUCAUCUUUAACUUCUCUUUUUUUUAAAUGCUACUCAACAUUUUAGGCUCUCAGAGCGCCACCUUUGUCAUGUUGUGUUUUCUUUUCCUUGAAUUUCGUUUGUGGAGACUUGAUCUUAUCAUCCAAGGUAUCAAAUUAUAAUUGUAUUUAUUUCAGUCGUAACCCACAAAUGCUGGUGUAAAUAUGCCAACUACUUGUGCAAUCUCCCUAACACAUUAAAAACAUAUAUAUUUGAAAAUUUGA